ACCUAAUUCAAACAUGUCGCGGACCGAACGGCCAGUCUUCGACUCGGUGGCGUGAGAGACGGUUGUUUUGUUACGCUUCUAAAUGCGCCUUAUUCGCGUGAACAUCUCGAAAUACGACAUUCGCGCCUCUCUGGAAACCUUCUCCAAAUACCCAUGCGUGCUCCUUCUCGAAUAAAUACAUAGUAACCCAAAUAAGUGUUCUACAUUACAAAUCUACUCCCAAUCAUUUGGAAUAUAUAUAUUUUUUUCAAACAGAUUAUUAUGUUAAAUAAGUGCCUUUUCUUCGCAAUAUGUGGGUUUUGCAACAUAAUAAGCAUUCAAGCUCAUCCCGUGACUAUAAACGCGGAAAUAGAAAUAGUAACGGAAAGAGAAAACCUCCGUCGGACAGAUGACGAAUUCCGCGACGACUGGGAUUUUGACAAGCUAGAACACAACCAAGUCCCAGUAUUAACUUCGAUAAUUAGGAACCACACCCUUCCACCGACUGCCAAUGGCACUGCUAGAUUGCUAUGGGAGCUGGAUCAAGAAAAAUCCACGCACUUGCCUCAAUUCGUGGACAAGGCCCUGAAACUUCUAAAUCUGAAGCAAGUUGCUUUCGAAAUUGAGAAUUCGGUCAUGUCGAAAGUUUCAUGCACAGCAUGUAGAGCAGGCGCCGGUCUCCUCCAACAUUACACGCGCAUUGGAAAAUCAGACAAAGAGAUUAAGAAGACGAUCUACCAGUUUUGCGUCAAUUUGAAAAUUCAAUCACCCAGAGUAUGUGAAGGUAUAACGGAGCUCUUUGCUGGCGAAGUUAUCUACGUCUUGAGCAAAGUCAAAAUUGGGCCAGACGAAAUCUGCAGCUUCGUCAUCGGAGAUGCUUGCGGGGAUAUAUACAACCCUUACCACGAGUGGGAAGUGAUGUUCCCACCAGUGACGAAACCUACUGUUGUCGAUCCCAAAGUACCAGAGGUUAACGCCCCCAGCUUCAAAGUACUCCACCUGUCCGACACGCAUUACGACCCCUACUACAUAGAGGGUGGAAACGCGGACUGUUCAGAACCCCUCUGCUGCAGACUGACCAACGGGCCAGCUGCUACCAAAGAUAAAGCUGCUGGAAAGUGGGGAGAUUACAGGAAAUGCGACACUCCCAAGAUCACUGUGGACAAUAUGUUGCAACAUAUCCAAGAAACCCACCCGGAUAUCGAUUAUAUAAUUUGGACGGGAGAUUUACCACCACACGACAUUUGGAACCAGACGAGAGAAGAGAAUCUGAAGAUACUGAAGGACACUGUAAAACAGAUGUCCGACAUGUUCCCUGGAGCCCCCAUAUUCCCAGCUCUCGGUAACCACGAAUCGGCACCAGUAAACAGUUUUCCUCCACCAUUCGUAGACAGUCCUGACAGCUCCAUAGCUUGGCUCUACGACGAGCUGGAUGUCCAAUGGAGGAAAUGGCUGCCGAGCUCCGUCAGCAAUACCGUCAGAAGAGGCGCCUUCUACUCUGUGCUGGUCAGACCUGGCUUCAGGCUGAUCUCUCUCAACAUGAACUACUGCAACAACAAAAAUUGGUGGCUCUUGUUGAACAGUACGGAUCCUGCCACGGAACUACAGUGGUUCAUCUACGAGUUGCAGUCGGCCGAGUUUAAUGGAGAAAAAGUACACGUUAUAGGUCAUAUUCCUCCGGGACAUUCUGACUGCCUGAAGGUUUGGUCCAGGAAUUACUAUGCCAUCAUAAACAGAUAUGAAUCGACGAUUACAGCCCAGUUCUUCGGACAUACGCAUUAUGAUGAAUUUGAAGUUUUUUAUGACCACAAAGAUAUCAGCAGACCUAUAAGUAUAGCCUAUGUCGGACCGUCGGUGACUCCAUACUAUGAUCUUAAUCCAGGAUACAGGAUUUACUAUGUAGAUGGCGAUCAUGACAAAUCUACUAGGGCAAUCGUCGACCAUGAAUCGUGGACGAUGAAUCUAAGAGAAGCAAAUCUGUAUGGGUAUCCCAUAUGGUACAAGUUGUACUCCGCCAGAAAAGCGUUUGGUUUAGAUGCCCUGAGACCUCAGGACUGGCAUGACCUAGUGGAAAAAAUGGCAAACGAUCAUAAACUCUUCGAACUAUUUUUCGAGUAUUAUUAUAAGGCUAGCCCUGUGCGACCAGCAUGUGACAUGGCGUGCAAGAAAAAAAUACUGUGCGAUCUCCGUUCGGGAAGAUCACAUGACAGAAAAAACCUCUGCGAGACCAUAGAAUCCAGGAUAGAUUCCUCCGGCAGUACAACGUGGAAAGAGUGGUUAUACAAUACGAUAUCGGUGUCCCAGGUGUAAGGUGUCAAACACAGCUUCACACACAAACUAAAAGUAAAUCGGAUGUCCGUCAUUAUGUCAAUCCCUAGGUUAACAAUUCAACUACCAAAAUACGUUUUGGGCCUCGGGUAGAAGUAACAGGACUUCUACCAGAUCAUCUGAUCCUGUUUGGAAUCAUUUUUAGUCCAUGUAACUUUAGUUUAUAAAGGCGGAUCUCCACUAAGUUUAUAAUAUUCUUGUAAUAUCGAUUUUAAAUUGUCGAUCAAGAUUCUGCUUCUACAACUGAACUUAUGUAGUUAGCAUUUCAUUUGGUUGAAUUCAACAAGUGGUGGAGAAUUGCCUUGAACAACCAAGAAUCUCGAUAUAAUUUUGAAUAUUGUGCAUGUUAGUUUAUGGUACUUUAAUUUAUAAUAUUAUGUUUAUUAUUAGAAAUGUGUAUAAUGUGUUUUAGAUAAUUGAAAGUUAUAUUGUAAGUAAGUUAUUAUAAUUUAAGUUAUUAUUGUUAAAUAUCCCGCAAAAUAACCAUUCCUUGAACAAAAAAAGUUUUUUUGGGUUAUUUUUUUAAAUGUUUCUCAUACGAUUUAAUUAUUUUUAUGGGGUAAAUGAUUAGCAUAUAUGUAAAUAAGGCUGUGUAUUUCUGAUGUAUGAAUCAAAAUACCAACAAUUAAAUGUAAUUACUAUCUGUAAUACUAAUUUACUUCCAUUCUCUAACAUAUUGUAGAUAAAUUUUGUUAAAAGGAUGUUAGGAUCGAACACUAGAUAUGUGACUAACUUAUACUGCAAUGGUGCUGUCAAUUUUUAUAUGUAAAUGUACAAAGUGAUUUAUAUUUAUAUAAUAAAAAGUUUGAAGGA